UUAACCAAUCCACAACUAUUUAGUCAGUUAAGAAUUGCCGUAAUGUUAAGACGUGUCUAUAUGCUUCUUUGCUGCUGUUUGCUACUUUUUGUGCCACUUGCGCACUCACAAGCUAUUUCAUCAACCGAAGCACCAGUUAUAGAAACUUCACUCGGCAAAAUUCGUGGAAAUGUGCUUAUAUCGCGUAAAGGACGAAAUAUCUACUCAUAUCGUGGCAUAUAUUAUGCUAAACCACCGAUCGGACUAAGGCGUUUUGCUGCACCCGAACCAGUCGAAGCAUGGAACGAUACUAUAGAUGCUUUGGAUGAUGGCCCUUCAUGUCCGCAAGAUUCAAUCUUUCGGCCAAUGGACGAGAAUUGUUUGUCGCUGAAUGUUUUUACUAUAAAUGUAACAGCUUCGAAUCCUGUUGUGGUGUAUAUACAUGGCGGUGCCAACGUCAUGGGCACCGCAAGUACUAAAUACUCUGGCAGUCCGCAAAAUCUUCUUGAUGCGGAUAUAGUAAUGGUUGGUGUUAAUUUUCGUCUGGACGCUUUUGGAUUCCUAAGUAUGGGCACACCUGAGGCAAAUGGCAAUUUUGGUUACUUUGAUCAAGUAUUGGCGCUCAAAUGGGUGCAGGAACAUAUUAGAAACUUUGGUGGUGACCCAACGAGGGUUACACUCUUGGGUAUGAGUGCCGGUAGUAUGGCAAUCUCAUUGCAUUUAGCAUCACCGUUAUCCAAGGGGUUGUUUCAUGGUGUUAUCGCGAUAAGUGGGAGUGCAACAAAUCACUACGAUAUAGAUAAUGUAUAUUUGACUCAACAUUUAGCUGACCAACUCGGUUGUCCUAGGUAUAAUACAAAAUAUUUACUAAAUUGCUUAAGGAAAUUUAGCUGGGAGGAGCUAAUAAAUACAUCGGCAAAAUAUGAAAAAUAUGGUCUGAUAAAUGUUAAAUGGAAUUAUGAAAUUGAUGGCGUCUUUCUGCUAGAACAUCCGACUGAGGCGAUUCGAAACAACCGAUUUAAUCGUGUGCCGCUAAUUGUAGGACUUUAUCGAGAUGAGCUAGAUUUCGAUCCCUAUAAAAUUGAAAACAGGACCGAUUUGUUUGAUGACAUCAAUGAGAAUUUUGGACUUUAUGUGUCGGACUUCUUUGAAUUUAAAAGCAGUGGAAAUAAUGACACGAGAGCACAGAAAAUACGAGAGUUUUAUUACAACACAACCAGCAUAAGCACAUCCAAUUUAGAGACCUUUGGUCGUAUUCAAUCGGACAGUGUUAUUGGACACGGAGUGCAUCGAUUAGUGGAGUUGGCUAAAAAUCAUACAGAUGUAUAUUUUUACCGUUUCGAUUAUGUGGGAGACAAAUCGUUGUAUUUGGAUCAUUUCGGAAAGCCACGAGGUACUGGUCAUACCGAUGGAUUCCUUUAUAUUAUACCAAGUGAUCUUUACAAGGUGGAUGAAAAUUCACCGGAUAUAUUUAUGAUAGAUCGCCUUGUGAAUAUGUUUAGCGAAUUUGCAGCAAACGGCAAACCACCACUUAUAGAAAAUAUAACUUGGAUUCCCGCCACUGCCAAUGAAACAGUAGUUUUGUAUAUGGAUAAGCAGCCGUAUAUGGGUGGAGCAUUCUAUCAGGAUCGUUACGCUCUUUGGGAUGAAUUAUUCCCACUUAAAGAAAAUUCUGCUGGAAUUAGGUUGCCUGUCGUGGUAUUGUUAUUCUUUACAAUAGUUUGGAAUGUAUUGUUGUAAUAAAAAACUCAUUAUCAUCUUA